AUGAAUGAGAUCAACCAUAUAAAGACUCUCUUACACAAUCAGUUUCAGAUUAAGGAUCUGGGAGAACUCAAGUAUUUCCUAGGUUUUGAAGUUGCUAGAUCUAAAAAGGGGAUACACCUUUGUCAAAGAAAGUAUGCUCUUGAUAUUCUUGAAGAAACUGGAAUGUUAGGAUGCAAACCCUGCUCUACUCCUUUUCUGAGUAACAAUAACUCAUUAUACAAGACCGAGGACUAUAUGAACAAUCCUAGUGACUAUCAAAGAUUGAUAGGGAAGCUUUUCUAUCUUCCUAAUACUAGACCAGACUUGUGUUUCACAGUUAAUCUUUUGAGUCAAUUUAUGCAGGAACCUACCAAAUAUCAUUAUCAAGCAUUGCAACAUGUCCUUAGAUACAUCAAAUCCAGUCCUUCGAAAGGACUUUUCUUUGCUGUUGAUUCUGAAUGGCUGCACUAUCUGCUACAAGAUCUCGAGAUUGAGCCCAUUGCUACUGUUGUCCUCUAUUGUGACAACAACUCUACUAGGCACAUUGCUCAUAACCAAAGUUUUCAUGAACGAACCAAACAUAUAGAGUUGGACUGUCAUGUUGUUUGUGAGAAGAUACAAGCUAAAUUUCUACAUUUGCUUCCCAUUCGGUUCGAAGAACAACUCGCAGAUGUCUUUACUAAGUUUUCUCACCGCACUCGUUUCAGAUCUAUCAUCAUCCCCAAGUUUGGAUUGGUGAAUAUCCACCAUCCAGCUUGA